CUCGUCGAAAAAAAAUUUCUGCUCCGAUUGUGUACACGAAGUGCAUCGAUUGUUGCACACAUACUGCAAUCUGUCACCAUCUGUCACUUUUAAAGGGAAUGGCAGUAGUAACCUCGCCUAUUAACUCAAGAUAUCUGAUCGAGUGUUCGCGUAUGCUUAGAACGAAUGAUUAUUUUUUAAUUCGCCGCUAUCAUGAAGCUCGGAUGAUGUGCACGCGCGUGUGUCGAUCGUUAUAAGCCUAAAUAAAAUAUAUAGCCGUUUGAUAUCGCACGUACAAGUUUUUUUUUAAAGCUACAAAGAUGGAUCAGAUAAAGGUCUCUAAGGUGGAGAACGUGAGGAUGCUAGAUAAGUACAGCAACAAUCAUUCCAUCGGUACGCUCUACCUUACAGUGACGCAUCUUGUCUUUAUUGAAAGAAGUGGCAAAAAGAAGAUAUGGGUGUUAUAUACGCAUAUUGCUAAUAUAGAGAAACAGCCAUUGACGACCACAGGAUCACCAUUGUACAUCAAGUGCAAGCAUUUCUUCAUCGUCACAUUUGUCAUCCCGAAGGAACGCGAUUGCCACGAGAUUUAUCUCACAUUAUUAAAAUUAUCCUGCCCAGCCAGUGUAGAAGAUUUAUAUUGCUUCAAUUAUCAAGAGAGUAAAGAUACGCUACCUAAGCAUGCUGGAUGGAAUUUCUUCAAUGUGCAAAGUGAAUUUCAACGGCAAGGUGUCCCGAACGAGGAGUGGUCACUCUCGUAUUUAAAUACUAAUUAUGAACUUUGUGAUACUUAUCCAAGGUACUUAUACGUUCCCAGUGCUUCUACUAAAAACAUUUUAUUAGGCAGCGCAAAGUUUAGAAGCAGAGGGAGGCUACCAGUUUUAACAUAUUUGCACUCAAACAAGGCUGCCAUUUGUCGCUGCAGUCAACCACUCUCGGGAUUUAGUGCAAGAUGUCCCGAAGAUGAAGAAAUGAUGCAUAAUAUAUUGUGUACAAAUCCUAAUUCGCGGUAUAUGUAUGUUGUCGAUACAAGGCCACGGAUUAAUGCCUUUGCUAACAGAGCUGCAGGAAAAGGAUAUGAAAACGAAAACUUCUAUGACAAUAUCAAAUUUCAUUUCUUCGGGAUAGAGAACAUUCAUGUGAUGAGAACGAGUUUAAAUAAGCUUUUGGACCUACAAAGAUCGACCUCCAUGAGUGCAUUCUUAAGCGGCCUAGAAAGCAGCGGCUGGUUAAAGCAUAUUCGCUCUAUUCUGGAAACCGCUUGGUUUAUCGCACGUGCAGUUUCGAACGGAGUGAGCGUGGUAGUGCAUUGUAGCGAUGGAUGGGACCGCACUGCGCAAGUGUGCUCUCUAGCUGCAUUACUGUUGGAUCCAUUUUACAGAACCAUCCAAGGCUUUCAAGCUUUAAUAGAAAAGGAUUGGUUGUCAUUUGGUCAUAAAUUUAGUGACCGCUGUGGCUAUGUCAGUAGCGAUGGUAAAGAACUCGCACCGAUAUUUACACAGUUUAUCGACGCAACGUACCAGUUGCUACAGCAAUUUCCAUAUAAAUUUCAAUUUAAUGAAUAUUUUCUUUUGACGUUACACGAUCAUGUACAUAGUUGUCAAUACGGCACAUUUAUCGGAAAUUCGGAAAAAGAAAGGCAAAUGUUGAGAUUAUCCGAACGAACGUAUUCGUUGUGGGGUUAUUUAGCAAAUAAUAUGAACGAGUAUAUAAACCCAAUCUACAGAUGCAAUCGUUACAAUAACGAGGACACUGUUGACAUUCUUCAACCUAAAUUGGCACCCCAAUCUAUCGUUCUUUGGAGAGGCUUGUACUUCAGAUUUGAAAAUGGAAUACAUCCUAGAGAAACAUGCGAAGACUUAAUUCUGACAAUUCACGAUCACACAAGUUCUUUGGAGGAUCACGUGAAGCUUUUGUUAAAACGAGUCAAUUCUUUGGGGCAACUUUUGAAUACGAAUAACGCUCAGAAAAAGGGAAAGCAUAAAUUUGAUAAUAAAUUCAUGAAGGAUUCUUUAUCGGAGACUAUAAUAGAGAACACCGCAAAUCACGACGAGAAGACGAGAGCUAAACUAAAAGCAAAUCAAUUGGAGAAUGAAUUGAAGACGGUCGCUUUAGAAUGGAAAUCGUCGCGAAACAUGGAAGAAUGUGGAUGUUCUACCACAUUUGAUGCUUUUAACAAAAAGCAUCAUUGUUGGUCCUGCGGUGAUGUACUAUGCACAAGAUGCAUGGCGGUGCACACUAAAUUACCUGGUCAUCUGUCGCAGCGUGCCGUACCUACAUGCAAAUCGUGCUACCAAAGUUUCGGCAUAUCUGCCGCUAGUCCUUAAACGUGCUUUAUUUAACGCAGACUUGCUUAUAAUUCACAUUUGUACACAUGUCUUUUGAGCGAACCAAUGAAGAAACUUAGCACACAUCAA